GAGCGUUUCCGAGGAGGAUCGGUCAUCCCUAUCAGAACCGGACGCCACCGAAGAGGAAGAAACCGAGAACGAGCUUCACCAGGCUGCAAAUCGCGGAGCUGGAAAAGCGCUUUCACAAACAGAAAUACCUGGCCUCCGCCGAGCGUGCGGCGUUGGCGAAGUCGCUGAAGAUGACGGACGCGCAGGUGAAGACCUGGUUCCAAAACAGACGGACGAAAUGGAGGAGGCAGACAGCGGAGGAGAGGGAGGCCGAGAGGCAAGCCGCGAAUCGACUGAUGCUGUCCCUGCAAGCGGAGGCCCUCGGCAAGGUGGCGUAUCCGACGUCGGUGUCCGGGCAUCCGGGCGGCGCCCCGGUGUCCAGCCUGGACAGGCAGCAGGCAUCGACGACGGCUCUAACUCAUCCGGUCGGCCAAUGGGCCUCCCCUUACGGCCCGCCGCAGCCCCUGGCCGAGCCGAUUUGCUGAAGCGCGACGACGAUCCGAGAAACUCUCGUUAAGUGAAUCGUCGGUCUUAUCCUCCUCUUAUCCCACCCUGCGUCUAGAAUCAGGAAUUCGGAGCCGGAUCUACGUUCGGUUUCCUCCUUUUUUUUUAUUUUUAAUUUGCUUAGCGAACGAGGAAAUACUCAUUCAUCGACCGAUCGUGAGAUAUUAUAAUAACAGCAAGAGAUUUUUUUAUUCCGUUUCCUUUUUUUCUUUUAGAAUAGUUACGGAUUGUAGGCUAUUAGCAUUCGCCUUCCUUCUGCCUUACGAUAUUCAGGCGACCACCAUCGAACACGAACGUCCUAAAGAGCACCGCGAAAAAUCGAUUGUACAUUGCCUUACAACAUCACAUACUCGGAGCUGUAUCACUUAUUAGCCACGGCUCGAGAUUUUGCCAUAUAUAAUUGUCACGGUUCGAGCAGUUAACCAGCGCGGUAUACGAUCGCGCGGCGCGAGGGGCGCCGAUAAUCGUCGUGAAUUUAUCAUGUACGAACAAUCGGGUCGCAUUAAAAGCGUCCGUUUCUUCUCGCGACGCGAGGAUUAUCGUCAUUAGCCUCGAUUGACGCGACAUUAUCGACAUGUACGUGUCUCGACCCGACGAAAUAGAGUCGCGGAGAUGAGUGGCCCCUCCAAAACGUUAUUUCCAGAUCGCGUUGAACGGGCCGGACGUUCGAUAAUGUCUCCCCCCGUCCCCCCAU